AUGGGCAACGAUUCCAUGGCCGGGCCAUCCUCCGAUUCGGGCUCCAUCUAUGAUGAUGCUCCUCCGCCAUAUGAAGAGGUCAUCAACACGAAAUUCCUGGCAGGAACUGCCCACUUGACAGACACGGGAAGAGUCGAUGUUGAUCCAGAGUCCAGAGUCUUUAGAACUCUCUCCAGAUUUGUCCCUGACUGGAAAGGACCCGGCGAAGAGCAGGUUAAGGACUCUUGUCCCAAAUAUGAUGGGCCGGGCUGGAAAUACGAGGCUGGCCGCCGAUCUGUCCCGACAGUACGUCUGAACAUCGUGAUACAGGUUGUGGGCAGCCGCGGAGAUGUGCAACCCUUUAUUGCCCUGGGCAACCAACUCCAGAGGGACGGGCACCGCGUACGCCUAGCCACCCACAACACGUUUGAGCAGUUUGUCAUCGACUCCGGGCUCGAGUUUUAUCCCAUUGGAGGGGACCCAGCAGAGCUGAUGGCGUACAUGGUCAAGAAUCCGGGUCUGAUCCCGAGCUUGGGCAGUCUUCGGGCGGGUGACAUUCAGAAGAAAAGGGCCAUGGUGGCGGAGAUGCUCGACGGAUGUUGGUGGUCAUGCAUUGAGCCAGAUCCCAAGUCGGGCGUCCCGUUCGUGGCCAAUGCCAUUAUUGCCAACCCCCCGAGCUUUGCCCACAUCCACUGCGCUCAAGCGCUCGGCAUUCCCCUGCACUUGAUGUUCACCAUGCCGUGGACUAGCACGAGAAUGUUUUCCCAUCCCUUGGCCAAUAUGAAGAAGACGAGCAAGGACCAAGGCACCGCGAAUUACGUAUCCUUUGCCGUAGUGGAGUGGAUGACCUGGCAGGGACUUGGCGAUAUCAUCAACGAGUGGAGAAAAGCCCGAGAUCUGGAACCAGUUCCAAUGACCGAGGGGCCGAACCUGGCAGAAACAUUGCAGAUACCUUUUACCUAUUGUUGGUCGCCCUCGCUGAUACCCAAACCAUUGGAUUGGCCUGCACAUAUAGACGUAUGUGGCUUCUUCUUCCGAGAUGCGCCUCGGUACAACCCACCCCGUGAACUGGAUCACUUCUUGCGCCAGGGACCUCCGCCCAUCUAUAUCGGCUUCGGUAGUAUCGUCAUAGACAAGCCCGAGGAGAUGACGCAGCUCCUCCUUGAAGCUGUCGGCGCGGCAGGCGUGCGAGCACUCAUUUCCAGGGGCUGGAGCAAGCUCGGCGGCGGAUCCGAAUCGACCGACCAGGUCAUGUACUUGGAUGACUGUCCCCAUGAAUGGCUGUUCCAGAACGUCUCGGCUGUCGUUCAUCAUGGUGGUGCUGGCACUACAGCUUGUGGUCUUCGUUAUGGCAGACCUACCCUGGUGGUGCCGUUUUUUGGGGACCAACCGUUCUGGGGUGAGAUGAUAGAAGCCGCCGGUGCUGGGCCAAAGCCAAUACCGUAUGCGGCACUCACCAGUUCCAACCUUGCAGAAGCCAUUCGAUCCUGUUUGCAACCCGAAGUCCAGACUGCUGCCCAGUCCAUAUCGGCCAGCAUGAGCAGUGAAGAGGGCGUUGGAACUGCAGUCAAGUCUUUCUACGCCAACCUACCAGUCUCUGCCAUGCCCUGUGACUUGCUGCAAGAUCACCCAGCCGUGUGGGAAUACCGACGGAAGGGCAAGACUCUCAAGCUAUCUGGAGUGGCGGCUGAGAUCCUCAUCAACCACCUCAAGGUGGAUAGUAACAAAUUGGAGCCGUACGAGCCAAAGGGGUUCGUCAUCGAGAACCGGCGUUGGGAUCCCAUAACCGGAACAACAUCUGCGGUCAUCUCCACGUUCUCCGGUAUGGCUCAGUCGACGGCUGACAUAUUCGUAAAACCUGCUCAGAUCCGCCGUGUUAAAAGCAGCACACAUAUCCGAGCCCCCGCUGCACAAAGCAGCUCGGGCACUGUUGACCCCAAGUACGCGGGAUCCCUCCAUUCAAGUGCGCGGGGCCCGGGCGACUUUCCCGGCGAAGCAGCAUCACCGAUGGACAGUCGUCAUGCGAGAGACCAACACCAUGGCAAUAACAAGCCAAACGUGGCUGCAUCCAUGGCUCUCGCAUCUGCCUCUGGCGUUGGUGGCUUUUUCAAACAUUAUGCCAAGGGAUUUCUCAUCGACAUGCCAGUGGCCUUUGCCGAGGGAUCGCGAGCCGUGCCAAGGCUGUAUGGUGAAGACGUGACUGACUAUGGCACUGUGAAAGACUGGAAAUCUGGCUUCUCCAAGUCUGGCAAGAAUCUGACUCUUGGUCUGGGAGAGGGUCUGGCCGACCUGGUAGUCCAACCCUACAAGGGCGCCAAGGAAAAGGGCAUCGUAGGAGGCAUUGCCGGCGUAGGCAAGGGUCUGCUGGGCUUUUCAUUCAAGACAUCGUCCGGUACGUGCAACAUGCUCCCCCCCGCCUUGCACUCGUUCUUGACCCGACAUGAUUCUAAUUGA